AUGAGAGAGGAAAUGGAAAAUCAAUGGAAGAAAAACAUUGAGUUGGAAAAACAAGAUCUUGAAAAUUUAAAGGCAGAGCUGAAACUAGAGAGAGAGGAUCUGGAUAAAGUGAAUGAGAUGAUGAUUAAAGAGAAACUGGAAUUGGAGCUGAUGAGGACUGACAUCCAAAAGCAGAUUGAUACGUUAGAACAAAAUAAACAUGCAGAAGUAGAAGUAAAGGACACCAACGUCACAAGACUAACCGAAGAACUGCAAACCAGUAAGAACACCGUAUUGGCAGAAAGAAAAGAAGUGGAAGUUUUGAGGAAGGAUCUCAACAAGAAGAAGGAAGAAGUUGAAGCUGCCAUGAACAGCAUCAGUGGAGAGAGAGAACAACUCAGUCAGAUGAAGGUUCGUAUUGACAUGGACAGAGAAAUACUUGAGAAGGAGAAGGAUAAAAUGGAAGGACACCAGUCUGAGCUGAAAAUGAGAGAGGAUGAGCUCAUGAGUAACUUAUUAUCAGUUCAUAUUCUGAGAGCUAAACUCAAAGAGGUGAAUGAAAAGACACAGGAAGGCAUGAAAAACAAAACAGAAAGAUUAGAAGGAAACAAUGAAUAUUUGCAAAGGUUAUGCCUCGCAAUGGAGCAAAAUCUUGCACAGCUUGAUCAAGAGAGAGACCAGAUGUCAGUUUACAAUAAAGUGAUCCAGAGAGGAAAGGAUGAUCUGAAAGGUUUACUGUCACAUAUGGUAAUACAGAGAGACAACAUGGAAAACCAAAAGAAAGAGCUUUUGUUGGAAAAAGAAGAACUCUUCAAACUGAAGGCAGAGAUGAAACUAGAGAGAGAGGAUCUGGAUAGAGCUAAUGACAUGAUGAAGAAAGAGAAACUGGAGUUGGAGUUGAUGAGAUCUGAUGUCCUCAAACAAACUGACAUGUUAGAACGAGAUAAACAAGAUAUAAAAGAAGAGAAAGACAAGUUGGAAAUCACAAAUACUGAGCUGCAAAAGAAGAAAGAACAUGCCGACAGUCUGUUUGAUGAGAUAAACAGAGAGAAAACCAACAUUAAAGAUCUGACCCUUCAGGUUGAGACAAGUAGAGAACAGCUGGAGAAAGUCUCGAACAUUAUUGCCUUAAAACAAAAAGAACAAGAAGUCAAAGACGAUGACAUAAAAAGACAAGAAGAAGAACUGCAAACCAGGAAGAACAACGUACUAGCAGAAAGAGAAGAAGUGGAACUUUUGAGGAAGGAUCUCAAUGAGAAGAAGGAAGAAGUUGAAGCUGCCAUGAACAGCAUCAGUGGAGAGAGAGAACAACUCAGUCAGAUGAAGGUUCAUAUUGACAUGGACAGAGAAAUACUUGAGAAGGAGAAGGAUAAAAUGGAAGGACACCAGUCUGAGCUGAAAACGAGAGAUGAGCUCAUGAGUAACUUAUUAUCAAUUGAAACUCUGAGGGCUAAACUCAAAGAGCUGAAUGAAAAGACAUGUAAAGACAUGAAAAACCAAAUGGAGAGAUUAGAAGAAAACAAUGAAAAUUUGGAAAGGUUAUGCCUCACAAUGAAGCAAAAGCUUGCACAGCUUGAUCAAGAGAGAGACCAGAUGACAGUUUACAAUGAAUUGAUACAGAGAGGAAAGGAUGGUCUGAAAGGUUUAUUGUCAGAUCUGGUAAUACAGAGAGACAACAUGGAAGACCAAAAGAAAGAGCUUUUGUUGGAAAAAGAAGAUCUCUCCAAACUGAAGGCAGAGCAGAAACUAGAGAGAGAGGAUCUGGAUAGAGCUAAUGACAUGAUGAAGAAAGAGAAACUGGACUUGGAGCUGAUGAGAUCUGACAUCCUCAAACAAACUGACAUAUUACAACGAGAUAAACAAGAUAUAAAAGAAGAGAAAGACAAGUUGGACAUCACAAAGACUGAGUUGCAAAAGAAGAAAGAACAUGCAGACAGUCUGUUUGAUGAGAUAAACAGAGAGAAAACCAACAUUAAAGAUCUGACCCUUCAGGUUGAGACAAGUAGAGAACAGCUGGAGAAAGUCAUGAACAUUAUUGCCUCAAAACAAAAAGAACAAGAACUCAAAGAUGAUGACAUAAAAAGACAAGAAGAAGAACUGCAAACCAGUAAGAACAUUGUGGUGGCAGAAAGAGAAGAAGUGGAAGUUUUGAGGCAGGAUCUCAACAAGAAGAAGGAGGAAGUUGAAGCUGCCAUGAACAGCAUCAGUGGAGAGAGAGAACAACUCAGUCAGAUGAAGAUGAGCGUUGAGAGAGAAAAAGAAAUACUUUUCAAUGAGAGGGAAGGAAUUGAAGGAGAAAAGUUUGAGCUGAAAAUGAGAGAAGAUGAACUCAUGACUAAAAUGACAUCGGUAGAAAGUCUGAGAGCCAAAUUGAAAUAUCUCAAUGAAAGGAUGGGUGAAGAUCUGAAAACAAAAAUCAACAGACUAGAAGAAAACAAUGAAGAUGUAUUGAAACUGGUCAGUGCUUUAGAACAGAAGCAUGCAGCUCUGGAUGAACAGAAAGAAAAUGUGACAUCUUACUCUGAGAUAUUGGAGAAAGUAAAGGAAGGUCUGACAAGUUUACUCUCAAACAUCCAAAGAGAAGACAUGGAAAAUCAAUGGAAGCAAAUGUUUGGGAUGGAAAAACAAGAUCUUGAAAACCUAAAGGAUGAUUUGAAACUAGAGGAUUUGGAUAGAGUGAAUGAGAUGCUGAAGAAAGAGAAAAUGGACUCGGAGUUGAUAAGGUCUGACAUCCUCAAACAAACUGAAAUAUUACAACGUGAUAAACGAGAUAUAAAAGAAGAGUACACUGUACUGGCAGAAAGAGAACAGGUGGAACCUUUGAGAAAGGAUCUCAUUAAGAAGAUGAAAGAAGGUGAAGCUGCCAUGAAAAGCAUCAGUGAAGAGAGAGAACAACUCAGUCAGUUCAAGACUGAAGUUGACAUGGAGGGAGAAGAGCUUUCAACUGAAAGGGAAAAACAGGAAGAGGAUCAACUCAUGACUAAAAUGAAAUCUAUAGAAGCUCUGAGAGUAAAACUUCGGCAGCUGAAUGAAAGGAUGGAGAACGACAUGAAGAACAAAUUACAGCAACUGGAACAACACAAUGAACAGGUUCUUAAAGUGUGCUCUUUAUUGAAACAAAAGUGUGGAGACAUAGAUGAAGUGAAAGACAGAAUGUCUGCAUAUACUGAAAUGUUCCAUAGAGAGAAAGAAAGUCUGAUUAGUCUGAUAUCAAACAUGUUGAUACACAUACAAGGGAUGGAAGAUCAAUGGAAGACAAAGAACACUGUUGAAGAACAAGACUUUGACAAACUGAAGGCAGAGUUGAAACAAGAGAGAGAGGAUCUGGAUAGAGUGAAUGAGAUGAUGAAGAAAGAGAAACUGGACUUGGAGUUGAGUUUGAGGUCUGAUGUCCUCAAACAAACUGACAUAUUACAGCAAGAUAAACACGGAGAGGUAGAACUCAUGGACACCAAGAUCACUAGACUAACACAAGACGUGCAAACUAGUGAGAACACUGUACUGGCAGAAAUAGAAGAAAUGGAACUUUUGAGGAAGGAUCUCAACAAGAAGAAGGAAGAAGUUGAAGCUGCCAUGAACAGCAUCAGUGGAGAGAGAGAACAACUCAGUCAGAUGAAGAUGGGCAUUGAGAGAGAGAAAGAAAUACUUUUCAAUGAGAGAGAAGGAAUUGAAGGAGAAAAGUCUGAGCUGACAAUGAGAGAAGAUGAACUCAUGACUAAAAUGACAUCAGUAGAAACUCUGAGAGCCAAAUUGAAAUAUUUCAAUGAAAGGAUGGGUGAAGAUAUGAAAACAAAAAUCAACAGACUGGAGGAAAACAAUGAAGCCGUAUUGAAACUGGUCAGUGCUUUAGAACAGAAGCAUGCAGCUCUGGAUGAACAGAAAGAGAACAUGACAUGUUACACUGAGAUAUUAGACAAAGUAAAGGAAGGUCUGACAGGUUUACUCUCAAACAUGAUCAUCCAGAGAGAAGACAUGGAAAAUCAAUGGAAGCAAACAUUUGAGAUGAAAAAACAAGAUCUUGAAAAGCAGAAGGAUGAUUUGAAACUAGAGAGAGAGGAUCUGGAUAGAGUCAAUGAGAUGAUGAAGGAAGAGAAACUGGACUCGGAGUUGAUGAGGUCUGAUAUCCUCAAACAAACUGACAUAUUACAAGGAGAUAAACAUGAAGAAGUAGAACUCAAGGACACCAAGAUCACAAGACUAACACAAGAAGUUCAAAUCAGUGAGAACACUUUACUGGCAGAAAGAGAAGAAUUGGAAGUUUUGAGGAAGGAUCUCAACAAGAAAAACGAAGAAGUUGAGGCUGCCAUGAACAACAUCAGUGGAGAGAGAGAACAACUCAAUCAGAUGAAGAUGAGCAUUGAAAGAGAGAAAGAAAUACUUUUCAAUGAGAAAGAAGGAAUUGAAGGAGAAAAGUCUGAGCUGAAAAUGAGAGAAGAUGAACUCAUGACUAAAAUGACAUUAGUAGGAACUCUGAGAGACAAACUCAAACAUCUCAAUGAAAGGAUGGGCGAAGAUAUGAAAACAAAAGUUAACAGACUAGAAGAAAACAAUGAAGCUGUAUUGAAACUGGUCAGUGCUUUAGAACAGAAGCAUGCAGCUCUGGAUGAACAGAAAGAAAAUAUGACAUGUUACACUGAGACAUUAGACAAAGUAAAGGAAGGUCUGACAAGUUUACUCUCAAACAUGGUCAUUCAGAGAGAAGACAUGGAAAAUCAAUGGAAGCCAACAUUUGAGAUGGAAAAACAAGAUCUUGAAAACCUGAAGGAUGAUUUGAAACUAAAAAGAGAGGAUCUGGAUAGAGUGAAAGAGAUGAUGAAGAAAGAGAAACUGGACUUGGAGCUGAUCAGGUCUGAUAUCGUCAAACGAACUGACAUGUUACAACGAGAUGAACAUGAAGAAGUAGAACUCAAGGACACCAAGAUCACAAGACUAACACAAGAAGUGCAAACCAGUGAGAACACUUUACUGGCAGAAAGAGAAGAUUUGGAACUUUUGAGGAAGGAUCUCGAGAAGAGGAAGGAAGAAGUUGAGGCUGCCAUGAACAGCAUCAGUGGAGAGAGAGAACAACUCAAUCAAAUGAAGAUGGGCAUUGAGAGAGAGAAAGAAAUACUUUUCAAUGAGAGGGAAGGAAUUGAAGGAGAAAAGUCUGAGCUGAAAACGAGAGAAGAUGAACUCAUGACUAAAAUGACAUCAGUAGAAACUCUGAGAGCCAAACUCAAAUAUCUCAAUGAAAGGAUGGGUGAAGAUAUGAAAACAAAAAUCAACAGACUAGAAGAAAACAAUGAAGAUGUAUUGAAGCUGGUCAGUGCUUUAGAGCAGAAGCAUGCAGCUCUGGAUGAUCAGAGUGAAAACGUGACAUCUUACAAUGAGAUAUUGGAGAAAGUAAAGGAAGGUCUGACAAGUUUAUUCUCAAACAUGAUCAUCCAGAGAGAAGACAUGGAAAAUCAAUGGAAGCAAACAUUUGACAUGGAACAACAAGAUCUUGAAAAACUCAAGGACGAUUUGAAACUAGAGAGAGAGGAUCUGAAUAGAGUAAAUGAGAUGAUGAAGAAAGAGAAACUGGACUUGGAGCUGAUGAGGUCUAAUGUCGUCAAACAAACUGACAUAUUACAACGAGAUAAACAAGAUAUAAAAGCAGAGAAAGACAUGUUGGAAAUCAUAAAGAUUGAGCUGCAAAAGAAGAAAGAACAUGCAGACAGUCUGUUUGAUGAGAUAAACAGAGAGAAAACCAACAUUAAAGAUCUGACCCUUCAGGUUGAGACAAGUAGAGAACAGCUGGAGAAAGUCAUGAACAUUAUUGCCUUAAAACAAAAAGAACAAGAACUCAAAGACAAUGACAUAAAAAGACAAGAAGAAGAACUGCAAACCGGUAAGAACAAUGUACUGGCAGAAAGGGAAGAAGUAGAAGUUUUGAGGAAGGAUCUCAACAAGAAGAAGGAAGAAGUUGAAGCUGCCAUGAACAGCAUCAGUGGAGAGAGAGAACAACUCAAUCAGAUGAAGAUGGGCAUUGAGAGAGAGAAAGAAAUACUUUUCAAUGAGAAAGAAGGAAUUGAAGGAAAAAAGUCUGAGCUGAAAGUGAAGGAAGAUGAACUCAUUACUAAAAUGAUAUCAGUAGAGACUUUGAGAGCCAAACUCAAACAUCUCAAUGAAAGGAUGGGUGAAGAUAUGAAAACAAAAGUUAACAGACUAGAAGAAAACAAUGAAGAUGUAUUGAAACUGGUCAGUGCUUUAGAACAGAAGCAUGCAGCUCUGGAUGAAGAGAAAGAAAAUAUGACAUGUUACACUGAGACAUUAGACAAAGUAAAGGAAGGUCUGACAAGUUUACUCUCAAACAUGGUCAUCCAGAGAGAAGACAUGGAAAAUCAGUUGAAGCAGACGUUUGAGAUGGAAAAACAAGAUCUUGAAAACCUGAAGGAUGAUUUGAAACUAGAGAGAGAGGAUCUGGAUACAGCGAAUGACAUGAUGAAGAAAGAGAAAAUGGACUUGGAGCUGAUGAGAUCUGACAUCCUCAAACAAACUGACAUAGUACAACGAGAUAAACAAGAUAUAAAAGAAGAGAAAGACAAGUUGGAAAUCACAAAUGCUGAGCUGCAAAAGAAGAAAGAACAUGCAGACAGUCUGUUUGAUGAGAUAAACAGAGAGAAAAACAACAUUAAAGAUCUGACCCUUCAGGUUCAGACAAGUAGAGAACAGCUGGAGAAAGUCAUGAACAUUAUUGCCUUAAAACAACAAGAACAAGAAGUCAAAGACAAUGACAUAAAAAGACAAGAAGAAGAACUGCAAACCAAUAAGAACAAUGUAUUGGCAGAAAGAGAAGAAGUGGAACUUUUGAGGAAGGAUCUCAAUGAGAAGAAGGAAGAAGUUGAAGCUGCCAUGAACAGCAUCAGUGGAGAGAGAGAACAACUCAGUCAGAUGAAAGUUCGUAUUGACAUGGACAGAGAAAUACUUGAGAAGGAGAAGGAUAAAAUAGAAGGACACCAGUCUGAGCUGAAAACAAGAGAAGAUGAGCUCAUGAGUAACUUAUUAACAAUUGAAACUUUGAGGGCUAAACUCAAAGAGGUGAAUGAAAAGACAUGUAAAGACAUGAAAAACAAAAUAGAGAGAUUAGAAGAAAACAAUGAAAAUUUGCAAAGGUUAUGCCUCGCAAUGAAGCAAAAUCUUGCACAGCUUGAUCAAGAGAGAGACCAGAUGACAGUUUACAAUGAAUUGAUACAGAGAGGAAAGGAUGGUCUGAAAGGUUUAUUGUCAGAUAUGUUUAUACAGAGAGACAACAUGGAAAACCAAAAGAGAGAAGUUUUGUUGGAAAAAGAAGAUCUCUCCAAACUGAAGGCAGAGCAGAAACUAGAGAGAGAGGAUCUGGAUAGAGCGAAUGGCAUGAUGGAGAAAGAGAAACUGGACUUGGAGCUGAUGAGAUCUGACAUUCUCAAACAAACUGACAUAUUACAACAAGAUAAACAAAAUAUAAAAGAAGAGAAAGUCAAGUUGGAAAUCACAAAUACUGAGCUGCAAAAGAAGAAAGAACAUGCAGACAGUCUGUUUGAUGAGAUAAACAGAGAGAAAAACAACAUUAAAGAUCUGACCCUUCAGGUUCAGAGAAGUAGAGAACAGCUGGAGAAAGUCAUGAACAUUAUUGCCUCAAAACAAAAAGAACAAGAACUCAAAGACAUCAACAUAAAAAGACAAGAAGAAGAACUGCAAACCAGGAAGAACAACGUACUAGCAGAAAGAGAAGAAGUGGAACUUUUGAGGAAGGAUCUCAAUGAGAAGAAGGAAGAAGUUGAAGCUGCCAUGAACAGCAUCAGUGGAGAGAGAGAACAACUCAGUCAGAUGAAGGUUCGUAUUGACAUGGACAGAGAAAUACUUGAGAAGGAGAAGGAUAAAAUGGAAGGACACCAGUCUGAGCUGAAAACGAGAGAAGAUGAGCUCAUGAGUAACUUAUUAACAAUUGAAACUUUGAGGGCUAAACUCAAAGAGGUGAAUGAAAAGACAUGUAAAGACAUGAAAAACAAAAUAGAGAGAUUAGAAGAAAACAAUGAAAAUUUGCAAAGGUUAUGCCUUGCAAUGAAGCAAAAUCUUGCACAGCUCGAUCAAGAGAGAGACCAGAUGACAGUUUACAAUGAAUUGAUACAGAGAGGAAAGGAUGGUCUGAAAGGUUUAUUGUCAGAUAUGGUUAUACAGAGAGACAACAUGGAAAACCAAAAGAGAGAAGUUUUGUUGGAAAAAGAAGAUCUCUCCAGACUGAAAGCAGAGCAGAAACUAGAGAGAGAGGAUCUGGAUAGAGCGAAUGACAUGAUGGAGAAAGAGAAACUGGAC